AUGUCGACUGUCGCGGUUCGGGCUCGUUGGCUAUCCGGGAUUUGGCGAUGGCGCGGCUUCCGCCAGUUCGUGCGUAGCGAGCAGUGGUGGCGCCGGGAGCCACGUCCGGCGGCCUACCGCACCCUGGUACCGCAGGCGCAACCUGCUUUUCGAGUCUGGGUUUCUGGGAGCUUAUCGACCUCGGCUGGGAACUCGACCUUCGGGAGCGCUCCCGGGGACGAGACGACCAACAGUACAGGUACGGCUGCUGCGCUGACUGACGAUAAUCCACUCCGUCUCGUGAACGGCUCCACCGGGGCUGUCGCACACGUUCUCGGGACCGCGCACAUAUCAGCGCUCUCCGUUUCGCAGACUCGGGAGUUGAUUCGAAGGGUUCAACCGGAUACCGUGGUGGUGGAGCUGGACGACGAACGCGUUCAGACCGUGCGAGAGCGUCUGGACAAGAAAGACCCGUCUCAGGACUCGUCGCUCUUCAGCGAGUUGCUGCGCGUCUUUACUGACCCAAGAGGCGGUUCUCUCGGUUCGCGCAUGUUCGAAGUGUAUUUCAAACUCAUGUAUCGUGCGUUGAGAAUGGCAGGGUUUCUCCCGGGUGCCGAGUUUGUUGCGGCGAUUGAGGAAGCCGAACGCAUCGGUGCGCGAGUCGUCCUCGGCGAUCGAAACAUUCACGAGACCAUGGAAAGGCUGCGUGCCGCUGUGUUUCAUAACUUCUCCGAUGUGUUACAUGCUCUAGUUUCUCCACCUCCGCCGGAGCUUGAGAGUCUACUUGACAACUUGAAGGACCAGGCUCGAGGCGGCAACGCGCGAAAGAUCAGCACUGAUUUUGUUGAUGCACUUCUGGACCGCAAGUCUGUGCGCCUGCUCACGCGUUUUCUGUCGCGCUCCUUGCCGGCCGUCUCCAAGGUCAUGCUUGAUGAACGCGACGUGAUACUUGCGUCGAAAAUAGCCACAGCACCAGGGCAAAAAAUCGUCGCGAUUGUGGGAGCAGCGCACCUUGAUGGCAUUGAGCGCUGGUGGCUGCAAAAUAUCGAACCAGAUCCGAUUAUCGUAUCGUCGUCACCAUUGCCGUCACAAUCGUAG